AUGGGUGGCCCGCAGCCAUCUGGUUUGUGCUUGUCUGAUACGCCUUCCGAAUGGAUAAAUAAACUUUUGUAUCGUGAUGGACUUUAUAGAGAUCUUACGUCUACUUUGGAGAUUGAUAAAUUCGGUAAAGUUGGCUUCAGUGGUAAUCGAGAACUGGACUAUCCGCUGUUGAAUGAAAACCUGAGUCAUGAUAUAGAGGUCAUAAAAUCCUUCCCACUACCACCAGAUCUCGUUGAACGAUUCACUGGUAUGCAAACAAACUGUCUGAUGGGAGUUUUCACUUCAUGUGAAAAAGUAUGGGUCACAAUAGAUAACGAAAUAUUCAUGUGGAAUUUUGAGGAUGGGGAGGAUUUAGCGUAUUAUGAUGGAAUGCCUGACACCAUCGUAUCUGUUGGGCUCAUCGUACCAUCUCCUGGUGUACUACCAGAACAUAUCAGAUUUUUACUAUGCUUAGCUACUCCAUCGGAAAUAUGGCUUCUUGGUAUGAUGUAUUCAAAUGGGAGUAAUACGCACACACUCGGUAUGCAAUCUCCAUCUCCUGUCCUUGAAGUGAUGCCGGAUCCCUUGUAUUAUUUAUCCACAGAAAAUAAUUAUAUUUCAUGCAUUGAAGGCACACCAAACGGCAGGAUAUUUCUUGGCACCCGUGAAGGAUUUCUACUUGAAAUGACUUACAGUUCAAUCCCGAAUUGGGAGGGAGCUUCUGUUCAGCCAAAUAUUAGUAAAAGUGGACCGUGUACACUUGUCAAUCAUUCAGUGUCUGCAUUCAGCUUGUUAUUACCAUCGAUUAUAACGUCAAGAUUUCAUAAUGGAGAUUCAAUAGUUCAGUUGUCAGUGGAUACUCCAAGACAUCUACUCUAUACGCGUACAGAAGAUUCUCGGUUAACAGUUUACGAAUUUACCGAUAAAAUCUCUGGUUCUUUUUCUCGUCUGUCCACAUUAUCAGCUUCAGAUUUAGCCUAUCAAGCAUCAUGUAUUGUACGUUCUGUAGAUAAAAAUCAAUUUAGAAAUAUUAUUUCUGUGACACCGUUAUCCUCUGGUCUAUGCUAUCUGAUGGCUGUUACACGAACAGGUAUUCGUUUAUACUUUGGUGAAAAUCUUCGCCUACUGCAUAUACGACUCCCUCCAUCUUCACCUUUUGAUACUGUUGGAUUAAGUGAAGUGAAAUUAGCUGUUGAAACACGUGGUACAGUUGUGAUGAUAUCAACUUUACCGCCAUCAAAUGCAUCCACAACAACACUAAACAACAGUAGUCGUAGUCGAUUCAAAUCAUCAUAUCCUGUCAGUGUUAAUCAUCAAUCCAGUUUAAAUAUGAGUUUAGGACAAUUUUUCACGUCAGAUUUAGACAAUAAUCAAUUUCUUGAUCAAUCCAACUGUUAUGAUAAUAACAAUAAUAAUAAUAAUGCUAAUGAUAAUAUUUCUGAUAAUAGUUUUAUUACUAAUGAUUUUGAUACAAAUUCGCUGAAUGCAUUCACGAAACAAAUACCACCACAUAUCAUUUAUACAAUAAGUCCUGAUCCCUAUCCAUGGACACCGAAUUUAGCUGAAAGUUUUAUGGCGACACAAUGUAUCGGUGGUGCAUGGGCAAUGACAGUACUACCUGACAAUCAUUUACACAUGGAUUCUUUUGGUAGUCAUUUAGCUGGAUAUUCAACAACAACAGCGAUCGAUAAAAGUCGUUCAGAUUCUCUUCAGGUAACGCCUCAAGGUAAUUCUUUACGUGGAGAACCUCCAGUUGUACUUACUCAAAUAUUAGAUCCACCAAGUCGUCGUUUAUUGCUUAUCUCUGCUCAAGGUGUUGUUCAUUUUCGACUGCCUAGUCCGUUAACUCGUCUGCAAGAGUAUUUAUGUCGAGAAUUCGCCUCAAAUACUUCAAUAUUACCACUAUCAGGUAUUGGUGAAGGUGGUGGUGGUUAUACUGAUCAUCAAAUAUCUGAGAUGAUGUCCACUUUUCCUGGUUAUAUAGAUAGUAGUUUAAAGUUAGGCUUUGAAGGUGGUUACCUUACUGCCUACCUACAUCAAUUCAGUGCUGAUGAAGCUAUUUGUGCUGCAUUGGCAAUUGGUGCAGCUGCUGCAAUCUCUGGUGGACAUGCGAAGAAGAGUCUUCAAUUUGCUGCUGAACAAGCUGCAUUAUACUUUGCCGCUGAAGCUAGUCAAUAUUGGCCACCGUCUGUUAUUCGUUCACGUGCUGCUACUAAUUUAUCCUACCUUCAAGCAUCCACUGUUACACGUGGAGGUGGUGCUGGUGCCAGCAACACUGGUGAUGACGGUUCACUGAAUAGUGCUCUUCAUCUAUUCACCGGUGUCUGUGUAUUUUUAUCACGUAUUACACGAUGUUUUUGGCGGAGUUCAAUGUUUUUUGAUGCCACUAGUAUUUGUGCCAAGUAUGAUGUCAACACCACCACCACCAACAACAGUAUUCGUGAUAAACAUAAUAUCAAUGGAGGUGGUGGUGGUUUAAAAUCAUGGGUUAAAAGUCUAAUCAAUACCCUGUCGACUGCUUCAACAUUUGGUGGUGGUGGUGCUGGCGGCGGCGGAAAGUCAAGUGAAUCAUCUGAACGGAUUAUUAUUUCACGUUUGGAAACCUCAGAAAUUAGUUGGCUUUUGAGUCAAAUCACUUAUCUACAACAAUUUAUUCAACGUCAACUCAAUGUUCGUGGUGGUUGGUUUCGAUUGUCACCACAAGUUCUUAGCAGUACAAGUAUUCAUCGUGAAAUGUCUACAAAAACAAUGCUGGAUGCUUCUGAUGAACAUGUUGACGGGGUUGCACUGCAACGUUUAGCUGAAGAACUGCAUCACUUACUGUCAAUGAUUGUUGAGAUAUUAGGAUUUUGGGAAAUAUUAAGUGAGCAUGUAGUUCACAAAAUUAUGAGACGCGUAAAUAAUGAACAUCGUGAUUUAGCACUUCAGCUGACUAUAGAAUCGUAUAUAUCAAGUCUAAUGAAUAUUCAAUACACUGGAUCAAUUUUAACCCCUGUACAUCAUGGAUUAUUAGAUGGAGAUAGUCAGUUGAAUAAAAGUCCAAUCAUGUCUUCGUCUGUUAUUUCUACUGGUGUUGCUGGUGGCGGCGGUACUAGUGGUUCGACGAAUCAAACAGCCACAGAAGUAAUUGGUGCUUUAAUCACCGCACUUAUUGAAUAUUAUCUACUGGAAACAAAUGAAGAAGUUGAAGAAGGCGGGAGUAUUAUCAAUGUGGAGACAAUCACAUCUCGUCUUCAAUCUACUUGUCCUAGUUUAUUUGCUAAUGAAGAUGCUAUGUGUGCUAAGGCUAGUGAAUGUCUCAUACAGGCAUCUAUAAUUCGAAUAAAUAUCUUAUCCACAUUGAAUAAUCCUGACGGUGUGAAUGAUCUUCAGUAUGAAGCAAGUUUAGAGAAUAAAGCGCAUAUAGAUCAAUUGGUUUCUGAAGCUAUCCAGUUGUAUAUUGAAGCUGGACCAAGUAUUAAUCUGGAGAAUGCUGUACAUCGUUUAGAAAGUUGUAAUGCCUGGCGUGGUGCUAUCCGUCUCUGUUUAUCUGUUGCACGUUCACGUGAUCCAUCUGAUAUAGCUGUAGAUUGUUUGAAAAAAGGUCGACGUCCAUCUUCUGAGCCUUUAUUGGAUUUUGAUCGUAGAGGAUUAGGAGGAGCAGGAGGAGUUGGAGGUCAUCGAUCUUGGCAUAAUAAGUCUUUUGCUGUAUCUGAAUUGGCAGCCACAGAAGGCAGAUAUGAUGCCUAUCGACGUUUAACUAUCUGUUUGGAUCACUUAUUACACGCAGCACAAAUCAAAUCUGAUGCAACAUUCAUCUUAGAACAGCCAAACAACGGUAGCACUACCCCUGCUACUGCUGAUUCAAUGCUGAAUAUGAGCAAUACCACCAUCAAUGGCAGUGAUUUAAACAAAGUUGGUGGGAUGAAGACUAAAAUCGGUUAUGACACUAUUGCUACUACUACAACUAAUGGUACUACCACUGGCGGGGAUACAAUUACUCUAGCAGAUGAACUGGAUUCAUCACCUCAAUAUGCUCGAUCAAUUUUACAGACAGUUUUGAUAGAUAUCAGUGGAUCGAAUGAUAUAUUGGCGCAUUUUGAAGUGUUCAAUUGGUUAUUGACGCAUGGUCUCACAGAUACAGUAAUAUCCUUGAAUUCACCGAAUCUUGAACCUUAUCUACGUUCACGUCUACGCCAAACUCCAGAUGAUCCUGGCCUACGUUGUCUACUUUGGCGUCAGUUGGAACGACGUGGUGCUCGUUUGGAAGCUGCUCAGGUUUUAGAACAUUUAGCUGUCACACCAUGUCGUCAGUUGACGUUGGAUGAUAGAUUGGAUUUUGCCGCCAGAGCUAUUGUCGCUGUUAAAGCUCUUCCAGCUUCUCAACAAGAUCUGGAUUAUUUAAAAGAUCUUGAAACACGUUUAGAAUUAGCUCAAUUACAACAAUUACUGCUCAAUGAAUUGAAACAAUACAAAAAACAAUUAAUUUAUCAUCAAGGAAGGACACGAUCUAUCGGUUCACCAAUUGGAUCUAUAUCCCCAUCAUCAUUAUCACCGCAUCGUAGUCAUAUACCACUAGGUUCAACCAUGGAGGAUGAAAUUGACGAAGCUAUACUUCAAUUAACGCAUGGUGCAUUGUUAAGCGUCACUGAAAUGUUUGCUGAUUAUGCUGAUCGAUUCGGGUUGCAUGAAUCAAAGUUGUGCUUAUUAUGGGCCAGUGGUUCACAGGAUUAUGCCCUGAUUAAGGCUAUCUGGCGUGAUCUACUGCUUAGAAUACUUACUCAACAAUCAUCAUCAACAAGUGUAUUGUAUAGUCCGACGAAACGUUCACCACCACCAUAUACACCGUAUAAUACUCCGAGACAUCCUGUUACUGAUAGUAAAACUACACGAUCAACACAACAAAUAAUUGAAUUAUCUUUACAAGAUUGUCUGUCACGUUUCUCCAAUCGUUUUCUUGAUGAUUCAAGUUCAAAUCAUCUUCGAGGUUCAAUUUACUUUCCGCUGACUGAUAUCAUCUCCACUCUUGAAUAUUAUGCAAUUCAGCAUAAACUUAGCGCCAGUUGGGUACCAAAUAUCCUUCGUGACUCUCACCUAUUGUGUAUUGCCAAUAUUACAGAAGCGUAUAAUGAAUUAAUCCACUUUAAAGAUUCAUUAUGGCGUCGUGAUGAAGUCCAACAUCGUUUAUUCAAUGCAUUGAUUACAGUGAUUGAUGAUUUUCUAAGGUUAACAGUUAUUCGUCUACCGGUAAGGCAACGUAUGCUACAAACAGAUCGUAUAUUGAAUCAAAUUACUGGCCUAUUAGUCGAUUUGAAUUCAGAGAUAGCAACAACAUGUGUCGAUGAUAUUGAUCGUAGUACUAGUGGUGGUGAUGGUGGUAGAACAUCGAACCAACAACAAUGGAUUAAUUCACUUCGAUGUAUUCAUGAGAAAUUGCAACGAUUGAAUAGAUAG